GCAGGCAGCAUCAUGGCGGAGUUUAUGGAUUUGAACGUGAGCACGUGUGAAGAUCAGAGUCGCGUGCUCGACCUCAUCAGCACCGCAGCGCAGCUCGGGUUCUCCACCGUCGCCCUGAACUACGAGUUUGAGCCGUCAGCCAAUCACAGAGCAGUCCCCUCCCCCACACCAACCAAUCAGCUCAUCCCACAGCUGCCCCUCGUACAGGGUCGCUCCCGGCCAAUCAGAGUGCUGAACAGACUGACCAUCGUGACAUCAGACCCUGGUCACUUCAGACCGAACGCUCCUGAAUAUCGCUGCUACGACCUGCUGGCUGUUAGACCGACUACUGAGAAGCUGUUCCACGCAGCAUGUAUGAUGUAUGAUGUUGACAUCAUCAGUGUGUCAGUAACAGAGAAACUACCGUUCUUCUUCAAGAGAGCGCCGGUUAAUGGGGCUACAGACAGAGGUGUGGUGUUCGAGCUGUCGUAUGCUGCAGCUAUCAGAGACGCCACCAGGAGGCGCUACACCAUCAGUAACGCUGUCAGUCUGAUGGAGAGCUGCAGAGGAAGGAAUGUGAUCCUGUCCAGCGCUGCGGAGAAGCCUCUGGAGCUCAGAGGUCCGUAUGACGUUGCCAACCUUGGUUUAUUGUUCGGUUUGUCAGACGGAGACGCAAAAGAAGCCGUUUCCUCCAGCUGUCGAUCAGUACUACUACACGCAGAAACCAGGAAGACGGCGAGCGGCGUCGUCCACACGGUGAAGAGUCCAGACACAGGUCCGGCAGCGAAGAGACGUCACCUGAUGGAGUGAUUGACAGCUGGGGGCGGGGCUUUAGAUACAAGUACCAACAGGAAGUUGGAUGUUUGAUUUCAGUGUAAAAAUGUUUGUUUUCUAAAUAAAUGCUGAAGAUUAA